AUGAAAUAUAUUAAAAAACUAAUCCUAACAUUUGAGAGCAAGAGUUUAGAACAACAAUAUUAAUUGGAAAAAAAAAACUAAAUCUAGCUGCCAGUUUUCUUAUUUAUAAUUGUACUCUCUUUUAUUUCGAACUGUGUUGUUCUUGGAUUCCAUUUUUUCAAUUCAAAGAUUGAUACUUGGUAUUUGAAUGUUGCAUUUAGCAUUACAACACUACUACUGUUCAUAUUUAUUGUAGUUAUGAAAAAACAUUAGUAUCUAUAGGAUGCGAUUACUAUAUCAAAUCUCAUUUUGGGUUUUUUAGAAUUAAAUGUAGAUCCUGCUUCAUCCGAUUAAAUCGAAUUUUACUCUUAUGGAAAUACAUUUAUGUAACUAGAAGCAGUUUUAUACAUUGUGUCUAAUUUUGGUCAUGCUACUCUUCAAGUCAUUUUUCAUUUUAUUCUGCGCAUCGCCAUAACAAUAUUUUUAUCAAAACGGACAGAUUACCUAUUAAUCUUUAUAGGUUUUACAAGUGGUGUGAUAAUACUGGUGACAAUAUUCUAUAAAGAAAAAAGCUCUAGAAGGUUGUUUAUAUAAAAUUUGAAGGAAAAUCAUUGGGAAAAUAACAUUUCAUUCAUUAUCCAAAAACCUUAUUUUAGAAUUAAUUAUUAAUAAGAGUAGUUACUAUUUAAUUUAAUAAAAGAUAAUAAAAUUGAAUAAUUUCCUGGUUACGAUAAUUUUUAUUGUGAUGGAUGUAAUGUAAGAAAGCUAUUAAGAUGCUAUUUCAUCGAUAAAAAUUUAACAUUAGAAGAAUAUUUGCUUAAACAAAAGAAUCAUAUCUCUUAAAAACUUAUUUUAACUUUUAAGAAAAGAAAAUUUAUUUUAAAAUUGUGUAGUUUGGAUGUUCAAUAAAUUCAAUAUUUGUUUAUUCUUGAUGAAAUCAGCAUUUAAUUUAAAAAAGAAGAAGACAAAAAAGUAAAGCAAAAUGAUUUGAUUUAAUUUCUCAGGUCAAAUAAAGCAUUUAGUUAUUAACAUUUUUUUAAUUGGGGAGCACAAUCUCUAUUAUUCUUAAACUCUAAGAUUAUCAAAAAGAUAAACUUAUAAGAAUUAAUGAUUUAACUCCUCCACAUAUUUAAAUCUCACGUAUUUAAUUAAAUUUAAGUUAAAAUAAUUACAUAUGAUUAGAAUGCUUCUAUUUACACUUUUUAUUAUUAAAUUAAAAUAUUUAUGAUGUAACUUUUUGAAGUACUAUCAAUGAUUCAACGAAAUAAUAAUCUAUAAAACUAAAUCAUUCUCAAAAGGAAGGGAUGUGAUAUUUUGAUUAAAAUUACAAAUUUGGAUAUAGAAUCUUUCGGAUAAAUGUUUGAAGGCAAUUUCUUUUUAAAAAAUCUUUAAAGCUUAUUACUCCACGAAAUUGAAAUAUAAGACGGAAUAUAAUUGCAUUUUCGAAACUAUCCAAUAAAAUCAUUUGCAUUUGAUAUUUGA